AUGACUUCCAAAACGGACGGUUUCACUACCUGUCACCGUCACCCUUCCACACCCGUAACCGGUUUCUGUGCCUCCUGUCUCCGCGAACGUCUCGCCGGCAUCGAUUCCUCCUCCGCCGACUCGCCGGAACUCCGCCGCACCAAGUCCUUCUCCGGCCGCACCGCCGACGCUCCAUCCUCCUCCGCCGCCCCGGAGCCCCGCCGCAGGUCCUGCGAGGUCGGACUGCCGCCGCUGGGCGGCUUGCUGUCUGACCCCUUCAACGUUGCCGACAAGAACAAGAAGCCUCCGAAUCGGACAGCUGAGAUCUGUUCCGGCCCCGCCGGCGUCGGAACCGGAGAGAACGAGGGCGGCAACGCGGUUAGAGUUUCUGGCGAUGACGACGGAGAGGGGAAGACGAUGAAGGAGUUCAUAGAUCUCGAAUUGCGGGACAAAAAGAACACAGGGAGAGAUUUCAGAGACAUCGCUGCGAGUUUUCGAGAUGCGGCUUCCGUUUUCAGCAAGGGAUUGAUGAAAUGGCGACGGAAAGAGAAUCCGAAGAGAAACCGCAACAACGACGGCGCCAGUGCCGGCGUUGGUUCGGUCGAAAAGCUAGGGUUGAGGACAUUGCAUGAGACGCAAUCGGAGGUCGGAGAAUACGGUUUCGCGUUAGGUAGAAGAUCGUGCGACACUGAUCUGAGGUUAUCCGUGGACGAUUCGCGGUUUUCGUUCGAAGCUCCUCGAGCUUCUUGGGACGGUUAUUUGAUAGGGAAAGCGUUCCCUAGGGUUUCCCCAAUGGUUUGUGUUGGUGAUAGGGUUUUGCUUGAAGAAGAGGGAGAAGAGAGUUUGGAGAAUGGUGAAGAGUGUUGUCCUGGUGGUUCAGCUCAGACUAAGCAUUACUAUUCAGAUUGGCAUUGGAGGAGAAGGAGUUUCGAUAGGUCGAAUUCGCGUAAGAAGCCGUUAAUGGGGGAUGUUGAUGAAUUGAGAGUGAUAUCUAAUGCUAAGGUUUCCCCUGCCUCCACUGAGUUGUUCUAUGGGGCAAAGGUAUUGAUAACUGAGAAUGAUUUGAGGGAUGCGAAUUUGAAAACGUCCAAUAGUGUUCUAUCUGAUAGUGUAAUGGAGUCUGCUUCUAAGGAUGAUGCUUGUGAUGCUGCAUAUGGGGAUGGCCAAAAGGGAUUGAACAGGUUUCACAAGUGGGGUAAGUGGUGGUGUAAAUUAGGGAUAGUGCAGAGGAGAAGAGAAGAUAGGUUGGGAGAAGGAGAGUAUGCUGGUGGUGGUGAUAUGGUUAAUAAGCCAAUUGCAGAGUCUUGGCAGAAGCUAAGGAGGGUGGUUAAUGGACAAGCAAGCGAGUCGGUUUGUGAGAAGCUUAUUCGUAGCCAUAGUGUUUGUUGUAGAGAUCCUUGUAGAACGGUGGGUUUAGCCAAUGGCUUUGUGGGUUCUGAGACUAAAGGCCAUGUUUUCAAUGGAAGGCAGAAGUUUAUGCUUCAGAGGAACCGGAGUGUUAGGUAUUCACCAAGUAAUGCUGACAAUGGCUUGUUAAGGUUCUAUUUGACACCCUUGAAAAGCUAUAGGAGAAGCAGGUCUGGAAAGACUAGCUUAAAGAGUUCAAAUCCAACAGCCAGAAGUUUCUUUUGA